AUGUCAUCUCCCUUAGGUAAAUAUACCAGCAUCGUUGUCUUCGGUGCCUCUGGAGAUCUCGCAAAGAAGAAAACGUUCCCAGCAUUAUUCGGUCUUUACAGAGAAGGUCAAUUGCCUGCCACAGUCAAGAUAAUCGGGUAUGCCAGGUCCAAGCUCAGUGACGAGGAGUUCAAGAAGAGAAUCCUGGAACAUUUCAAGCUCAGAAACAAGGAUGCAGACGCUUCAAAAGUGGAAGAAUUCUUGAAGCUUUGCUCAUACCACCAAGGGGCAUACGACACCAAGGAAGGCUACGAAGAAUUAGCCAAGAUCAUUGGUGAAUACGAAAAGGAAAACAACGUUGAACAACCAAGUAGACUCUUCUACUUGGCCUUGCCUCCUUCUACAUUCACUGAAGUUGCCGACAAAUUGAAGGAAAAUGUUUAUGCCGAUGGCGGAUUGACCAGAAUUAUCGUUGAAAAGCCAUUUGGUCAUGAUUUGGAAUCUUCAAGAGAAUUACAGAAGAACUUGGCUCCAUUAUGGACCGAAGAAGAAUUGUACAGAAUUGACCACUACUUAGGAAAGGAAAUGGUCAAAAACUUGUUGGUGUUGAGAUUUGGAAAUGAGUUGUUGAGUGGAGUUUGGAACAAAAACCACAUCAAGCUGGUUCAGAUUAGUUUUAAAGAAGCUUUCGGAACUGAGGGUAGAGGUGGUUACUUUGAUACAAUUGGUAUUGUUAGAGAUGUCAUGCAGAACCAUUUAUUACAGGUUUUGACCUUGUUGACCAUGGAAAGACCUGUUCUGUUCGAUCCAGAGGCAAUUAGAGACGAAAAGGUGAAGGUAUUAAAGGCAUUUGAGCCAUUGGACUCUGAUGAUUUAUUAUUGGGUCAAUACACCAAGUCUGAAGAUGGUCUGAAGCCAGGUUACUUGGAUGAUUCCACUGUGAAGCCUGAUUCCCAGCAGGUUACCUACGCAGCCCUCGGAUUAAAGAUCUCCAAUGAGCGUUGGGACGGUGUUCCAUUCGUUAUGAGAGCUGGAAAGGCGCUUGACGAAUCUAAGGUUGAAAUUAGAAUCCAAUUCAAACCAGUAGCUAAGGGCAUGUUUGAAGAAAUCCAAAGAAAUGAAUUGGUUAUCAGAGUUCAACCUGAUGAAGCCAUAUACAUGAAAAUCAACUCCAAAAUCCCUGGUAUCUCCACUGAAACUUCAUUGACCGAUUUAGACUUGAGUUAUGCUACCAGAUACUCUAAGGAUUUCUGGAUUCCAGAAGCUUACGAAGCAUUAAUUAGAGACUGUUUCCUUGGUAACCACUCCAAUUUUGUGAGAGACGAUGAAUUGGACGUUUCCUGGAAAUUAUUUACACCAUUAUUGAACUUCAUUGAAAGUGAUAAGGCUCCUAAACCAGAAGGGUAUGCAUACGGAUCCAAGGGACCAAAGGGCUUACGUCCAUUUUUAAACAAGCACGGAUACGUCUUCUCCGAUGAGGGAACUUAUCAAUGGCCAUUGACCACCCCUAGUGUCAAGGGUAAGAUCUAG